AUGGUAAAAAAUCUGUUAUAUUGUCGUGAUCAUCCGUCAUCCUGCCAUAACAAAAUAAAUUGUCCUUCACUGAAAUCGACAUUAACGCCUGAAAAGAAACAAAAAUUGGAAGCACUAAGAUCUCGUCCGAAAAAAAGGCCGGAUUGGGGUAACGUAAUGAAAGAAAUCGAAAGUGGUAGAAAAUUAAAUCAUGUUAAAUGUAACGAUAGGAGUGCACCACUUUUACCAAGGGUCAAGGCAAAAGGACAGUUUGUCUACGAAUCUGAAAGACCGAAUUUGCACAAUCAACUCCUAAAACAAAUAGAAACCGGAAUUAAGUUGAAGCCAACAAAAACCAACGACAGGAGUAAACCUUUUAUCGAAGGUCUUAGAAAAUUUAGAAGGCAGAUGACAAUCGAAGAGCAAAUUCAAAAAUCUGCUUCUAUGGCAUCACUUGGAAUCGUCGAACCUGAACCUGAUCCUUUGGACGAAGUAGACGAUAUCGAUAAAGUAAGAGAUGAUUUGCAAAGUACAAAACAACUUUUAGCAAUGGAACUCAAAAACAAAGAAGCAUUGGAAAGAGAAAAUAAAAAACUGGUAACGAAAUUAUUAAAUUUAGAGGUUGAAUUGGAAAAAGAAAAAUUUAAAACUAACAAAGAAACGCCGGUAGAAAGCAGUGAUUUACAAAAGGUUAUUAUUAUUAUUAUUCUUAAUGAUGCUGAAAUUCAAACGUUAAGGGAAGAAGCUAAAAAGGCUAAAGAAAUGGCUGAAGAAAUGGAAAAUAAAUUUCAUGAUAUAAAUGCACAAUAUGAUUUACUUAAAUUAGAUUUAGAGGAAUCAACGCAAAAAAAUCAAAGGCUAGAAAAACAAUUAAAAGUUGCUCAGGCUGCUAAUUUAGCUAACCUUUCAGGAUCACAGCCAUUGACAAAACAACCAAGCAAAAAAAUAAUACACCAAAAUAAGAUUCAUGAAACUGCAGUGGCCCCAGACUCUCCUGAAGAAUCUGAGGAGGAAGAAGAAGAAGAAACUGAAACAGAAACAGAAACAGAAAGUGAAGACAAUGGAGAAGAUGAAGAAGCACAAAAAGAAAGAAGAUUAAUGAGAGAACUCAAACUUUUAACAGCAAAACUUGAAUCUUAUAAAAGAAAAGAAGAAGUGGCCAAAAAGGAGAGAAAAGCAUUGAAAGAACAAAUGAGUAAAAUGCAAAAAGCGAUAAAAGAUGAAAAGAAAAAUUACAAAGUUUUACAAAAGGAAGUUGAUAAAAUGUCAAAAUUAUUAGCAGAAGAUGAUGAAGAAGAUGUUGAAGAGGAAGAGGAAAUUGAAGAUGAAGAAGAAGAAUCAUCAGAAGAAGAAGAAGAGGAAACUGAAGAGUCAGAAUCUGAAGAAUCUGAAGGAGAUUUACCUGAAUCUGCACCAUUGGAAAAAAAGAAAAUCAAUUUACAAAGUAGAACGAAAAGACAUGAAAACUUGUUGUCUAGUCUUAAAAAGGGUAAUUAUUUGUUAAAAGCCAAUGUAGAUAGGUACAAAGAUGAAUUGAAUAAACAAAAAGAAAUGGCACUUACACUUCAAGAAGACUUAAAUUCUGUAUUGGCAGAACUCGGAUGA